UGCAAAUGCAGUAGCUGCUCCUGCUGCUGCUGCUGUGUUUACUUAACUUCGCAUCCACCCACUCUCUCCAUUUUUGCAGACUCUGGGAUUUUAUAUAGUGACCUGGACCAAGCUGUCUGUAGGAUUGUGGGAGAACAAUUAAGAAAACAUAGAAACGAUAGAGAAAGAAAGAUCAAAAUCGAUCCCCGAGCUGUGAGUCGGUGGAACUGUCAUACCGACGUUCUUAUUGGUGUUGCGUUAGCAAGACAGAGGCAGUCGCUUGCAUUUUAAUGCGCCCACAGCCUGCUUCGCUCAUACCGACGCUGUCGUCUGCGUGAUCUCAGAUCUUAGGAAAGCGUCUCUCUCACUCUCUUUCGCUUCCUCCCUCUCUCUCUCUCUCUCUCUCAAGCUCUUCCAUUCUCUCUCGGAGUAUCUCCAGUGGUAGGGAAAAGAAGCAGCGGGGCGGUGGCGGUCCGGGUUGAAUUGCACGCACCCACCUCAAUGAUUUACAUCAGGAGACACUGACAGACGGAUCUCCUGGUAAAGUGCGCUGUAACCAUGACGACGGAGACGGGCGUGGAGGUGGAGGUGAAAAAAGCAGCAGAGGAGCCUCCCCAGCAGCAGGGGGCAGCGGUGAACACGCAGGACGGCAAUAGACCCAAGCAGGGUCAUGACGGAAAGCUACCUGAAGACCGGGAUUUGGGGGAUGGGGAUGAUGUCUCAGAGAAGACCACCCCCAGCAAGAUCCCCAAAUCCCCCCAGAAAUCCUCCAAGAGGCUAAAGACCAUCCCAUUUAAAGUGACCCUGCUGGACACCUCUGAGUACGAGGGCGAGAUUGAGAAACACAGCCGAGGACAGGCUCUCCUCGACAUGGUGUGUGAGCACCUCAACCUUUUGGAGAAGGAUUACUUCGGGUUGACGUUCUGCGACACGGACAGUCAGAAGAACUGGCUGGACCCUUCAAAGGAGAUCAAGAAACAGAUGCGCACUGCCUCGUGGCAUUUUGCCUUUUCAGUCAAGUUCUACCCACCCGACCCAUCCCAGCUAACCGAGGACAUCACCAGGUAUUACCUGUGCCUGCAGCUCCGGGAUGAUAUCCUGUCGGGCCGGCUGCCCUGCUCCUUCGUCACGCACGCUUUGUUGGGCUCGUAUGCCGUGCAGGCUGAGCUCGGAGACUUCGACCCGGAGGAUCACGGUACCGACUAUGCCAGUGACUUCCGCUUCGCCCCGAACCAGACCCGCGAGCUGGAGGAGAGGGUGAUCGAGCUGCACCGCACCUACAGGGGGAUGACACCCGCAGACGCUGAAAUCAGCUUUCUUGAAAAUGCCAAGAAGCUCUCAAUGUACGGAGUGGACCUGCACCAUGCCAAGGACUCUGAAGGCAUUGACAUCAUGCUGGGGGUCUGCGCCAAUGGGCUGCUCAUCUAUCGGGACCGACUGCGGAUCAAUCGCUUCGCCUGGCCCAAGAUCCUCAAGAUCUCCUACAAGAGGAGCAACUUCUACAUCAAGAUCCGGCCCGGAGAGUAUGAGCAGUUCGAGAGCACCAUUGGCUUCAAGCUGCCAAACCACCGGGCUGCCAAACGUCUCUGGAAGGUCUGCAUUGAGCACCACACCUUCUUUAGGCUGGUGUCCCCCGAGCCACCUCCCAAAGGAUUCCUGGUAACGGGCUCCAAGUUCCGAUACAGCGGGCGGACACAGACCCAAACGCGGCAGGCCAGCGCCCUCAUCGACAGGCCGGCCCCUACAUUCGAGAGGUCAGCCAGCAAGAAGUACCUGCUGUCACGCAGCAUGGAUGGAGAGUUCUCCCGCCCAGCCUCUGUCCUCGGAGAGAACCACGAGGGAGUGGCGCAGCGCAGCGCCAGCGAGAGGCAGCGGAGACGAUCGGGAGACGAGCAGGACGAGGAGGGUUCCUACAGAGCCACCUCGCCCACCAAGAUCAAAGAGUUCAAGAAGGAGGAUGUGGAGGGCGAGUCUCCAGCCGACAAACAGGAGUCGGAUCAGGAUUCCACCCCCCAACCCAAACAAGAGUUCCAGGACAAGACAGAGGAUGUGUUGCUGAAGCACCAGGCCAGCAUCAACGAGCUGAAGAGGGCCUUGAAGGAACCCAACAGCAAGCUGGUCCACCGGGAAAAACGGCUUUCCGCCACCUCCCAGAAAUACGGGGGCUCGCCUGGGACCACGCCGGAGAAGAAGCCUGCGUCGGGAGAAGAGGGGAGGGAGGAGCCUGUGGCCACUGCUCUAGAAGGCUUCACCCAGAAGACUGUGGUAUCUUCGCCCGAGGGCUCUGAGGAGUGGGUAUUUAUUGAAAAGCAUAUCUCCAGCCAAGAGGAGCUGGCUGUUGCAUUGAAAGAUAAGAAGGAAAAGUCUUCUGCUCAGGAUCAGGAGCAAACUGUAGACUCCCUAUACAGAACAGAGGAGGAAAACCCUGCUGUGGUAAGCUCACAGGAGGAGGCUGUUCAAGAAUCGGGAGGCACUCAAGAGGGCAAGGAUAUGAUGGAGGACCAGGAUGCUGCAGAAGAGACAGUGGUUCAGGAAACUUUGGAUGAGAAAGUACUGACCGAUGAAAAAGCCCCUUCAGCACAAGAAUCUGGAGCAGAAUCAUCCAAACCACAGAAUCAUGAAAAACAACUAGAUGACACUGUAGCUGUCUGUCAAGAGGGAACUCAAGCCCAACAUUCUUUGGGUGAAUCUGUAAAAGAGAAGCAAGACAAUAAGGCACAACUAACUCAGGACUCUGGAGGUGUUUCUGAAAUUGAGGCUGACUCCUCGGUCUUGGAAACCCAAGAUGAACGACAGACUGACUCUGUUAGAGUCCAGAGGGAGCCAAGACCACAAAGCCUCAACCUUGGGAAGCCUGCAGACCUGUUUUAUGAGACAGAGCAACCACACACUGGAGAGGAAAAUAAGGAUCUGGAGAGUGACGAAGAAACACCACCAGAUAAAAUAAACAAUGAAGGAAAUGAAGCUGAAGAAUAUAUGUCAGACUUUCAGGAGACGAUGACUGUUUCAUCAGAACCGUACUUGCAAAUGGAAGAAGUGGAGAGACCAAAGUCACCUUCUUCCCCAGAAAAGCAGACUUCCUUCCUCCAAAAUGCAACAGAGGUGCAAUCAAAACCAAAAUCAGAACCUCCGGAUUCUAGGCCAUCCUUAAAGCAAGAAGAGACAAGCCCUAAUAAAGUUAAAGGGGAUGAACUAGCUCCCUUUCUGAAUGAGGAGGAAGCAAAAGUAGGAGUUGGCGACCGUGGAAAAUCUGAAACUGAGGAAGAUGAGAAAAAGACAGUUACCAUGACAGAGGAAAAAUCUUUAAUUAAAACAUGCUCAGUUCUGAGUGUGACAGAACCCUCCAAAGACACAGAGAAAACAGUUUUUCCAGAUGGGGAGGAAAUCCAAAAAGUAGAGGACAAAACGAUAGAAAAGAGGAUUAGUCACCAAGCAGACAACGGAGCAGACUCAACCGGGUCUACAGGAGCUGCCGAGGCAGAGGCGCAAAUGGAUCUUGAGCCAAAGCAACCAGAAACUAUUGAACUGACUGCGCCUACAGUAGCUGAGGAAGAAACAUCAGAGAAAGACUUUCCUGUAAACGAUAAAUCUGAGAAGCCAGAGCCUCUGAACAAAGAAAAAGCAGAAGACUCCUUCACAGAGGAACAGUCUUCUGAAGCUGAAAAGAAAGCACUCAAAAGUCAUGAGAGUUCAAAAGAAAAAUCUCCUGGAAAUGAUGAGGGACAGACUACCAUUAGAGAGCAGGUAGAAGAGGGCCCAGUCAUCCUAUUUCCGGAGACAGACAUAAGGUGUGAAGCUGAUGGUGAGGAGGCAAAGGAAGACAGGUUUUCCGAACUCGCAGAACCAGGAGCAAAAGAAUCCAGAAAAGUAGGAGAUGGUGAAUAUAAGAAGGGAGACUUGGAAUUAAAACCAGGUGAGGACGACAGUCAGAUUACUGCCCUGGGAAGUGAGAGCCAGGGACCAGGUGCAGAAAGCAAUCGGGACCGUUCUGGAAAGGACGAUUCAAGUUUGUGUGAAAGCAAAUCAAAUGAGUUGAUACCAGAUAGCAGGAAGCUAGACGAGGAGUCAUCUGGUUUCCACACACCUGACCCAAGCCUAGUUGCUGUUGCCACCCUAACUACUCAGGAAAGCAAACAGAAGGCUAGCGACCAACAUAGUCAUGACAAACCUGAGGAACAUGCUGGCAAGUCAACUCAUGGGACCGAUGAAAUGGAGAAAGGGGAGACUGGAGAGACUGUGGAUGCGGGGAAGGAUCUUGAGUCUGAACAAAAAAAUCAACCGGAUGAACAGGCUGACAAAAAAGCACAGGACACCCAGUGCUCAGACACCAAGACAGAGACAGCCCGUACAGAUAUGCCAGAGGUUCCGGCAAAACCAGUAAAGCGCCAGGGGCCUGCCGUGCCCCCCAGACCCAGCCGAACUUUCCCCAAGGACCCUGGCCCGGAAGUGGCAAAGAAGAAACACGUGGAGCCCCUCGCCACUCCCGCCAUUCAUGAAGAAGCACUUGACGAAUCACAGAGAGAGCCGUGGGAGCGGCGGCUGGGCUCGGCCUCAGAGGAUGACCAGGAGAGGGAGACGUUGUACCUGAAGGAGACACACCUGGGCAUUGAGCGCAAGUGCUCCAGCAUCACUGUCAGCUCCACCUCCAGCCUGGAGGCCGAGGUGGACUUCACCGUCAUCAUGGACCUUCACACCGGCGUGGAGGAGUUCUCCAAGGGCAUGUCGGAGCUGGGGGGGCGGGACAGGCUGCCUGAGGUGGACCGGGACGACUUUGAGGAGACCUCUUGCUUCUUCUCGGCCAGGCUCAUGUCUACCCAGGAGAAACCUCCAGAGGAGAUGCAAGGCAAAGGCUUAGAAGAUCUGUCCCACCACGAGGAAUGUAUGCUAAACCGCCAUCUUUCAUCUGUGAAGACCUGCGCUCUCCUUGAAUCCGAGACUUGCGAGCCACUAGACACAGAGAACAAAACUACUGUUGUGAGCACUGCGCCGUCCCUCAAUAAGACAGAUGCCAAGGCUGAAGAGCCUUCAACUGAAGCUUCCGUUGUAUCCCAAACCAAGACUACAAAAACAGAGGCAACUGAGCAGGUGAUGGGGAACAGCUGCACUGGCAAGGAGACCGCGACAGUGUCCCGGACAGUCACAACACUGGCAGCGGCAGUGUCACCGAAUCACAGCGUCGUCACUGGAAAAGAGGCUCCUCCCAGCCCCCAGCCUGCGCCCCCCGAGACCAGCUCGCCUGUGAAAACUGGUACCCUUGGGAGGGCGGUGGGAACUGUCACCACGGAAACAGUUUCCUCAGCAACCACUACACACGUUACCAAGACAGUGAAAGGCGGGUUCUCAGAGACCAGGAUUGAGAAGAGGAUUAUCAUCACUGGAGAUGACGAUGUGGAUCAGGACCAGGCCCUCGCCAUGGCAAUUCAGGAGGCCAAGCAGCAGCAUCCAGACAUGCUGGUUACCAAGGCAGUGGUUGUCAGGGAAACAGAAUCCUCUUCUCUGGAGAAACACAGGAAAUCACAGUCCUGAUCUCUGUCAGCUUGCUCUGGAGACCAGGGCUCCUGUUGGGAAGGGGACCGGAGGGGAUUCUCGCCUGCUAUUGCCCACCUCUGCCCCUGAGCCCCCGGCUGCUUCGAAACAUCACCACAACACGCCGGCAAACAAAGAAAGACAGAGAAACCGAACAAAACCACAAGAGGACAACUUUAACCAAACGAAUAAAAACAACCACAAAAAACACUGAACCCAAGGCUGCUGUUUUACCUGCCAACACUCUUCCUCAACCCUCCCCAGCCCCCAGCCCCCUCCAGCACUGCCCCACAUCCGCCUGUGAGUGCACACAGGAUCUUCAUGACUGGCCAGUGCAUGUAAAAACCUGCAGAGCUUCCAACAGGGACGUGCCAUUGCACCUGCUAUAGAUAGCCUUGUGGAAACCCAGCUGAGUUUGUCAAGCACUUUGUCAGCUUAGCCAUAGCCAUUGCGGGCUUAACAUUAGCUUAACCAGUGUUUUGGAACACGACAUGAGAGAUCCAGACCAGAGACCAGUUCAACAGGGCUACAGGAUUAAGAUUUGUGCAAAAAGUGCCCCGUACAGGUGAAGUGAAACCCACAUACCCUUUAAGAUAGAACCUGAAAGAUCAGUCAGCGCACUAGGUGAGAAUGAUUAUUGAAACAGUUUUAUAAAGGCAAGCUCCUUACUGUCUUCCACCUCUAGGGGGAAGUAUAAGCCCUAGCCUGACUCCUGUAGCCCUGUCUAAGUGCUUGCACACCUGCUUGUACAGCUUCACCAGUAGGAGGCAGUAAACACUAGGCGUGGAUCUCCACGUUUAUUUGUUUUUCAGUACAUAGUUUACACCACUACCUCUGUUUUCGUCCCCCAGUUUCAUCAGGCACAGGUUAUAAACCGGAGCCAUUCUAGCAUUGUGUUGUGGGAAAAUAUUAAAAGCUCUCCCAAGAACUGCAGCUUGAAGAGGGAGGCAUGAAAGGACUGCAGUGGCACAGCUAAAAAAACAAAGGGCAAAAACAAGGCAUUGUAGGACUGAAUCCCCCUUUUACAAGAUGAACUCCUUGUCUUGCAAAUCACACUGUUCAGCAGGAUUUAAUCACAGAAAUCAACUCCGGGACCCGUUCUCCUGUACAGUGAGCAGGCUGAAAUUUAAAAGAAAUACCACGGGCUCACCUCCUGGUUUCCUAACCCUGCCUCUUAUCAUUUUCUAUGACGAUCAGUCACGUAGUAUCAUUAAAGCAAAAUGGGUUUAAUAGGUGAGUUUUCUGAAAUGCUACACUAUUGAAAUGUGAGAUUUUUUUCUUUGUUUUUAAAUUAUGUUGUAUGAAUUUACUUGUGUAUUUAUAUGAGAAUGGUGAAUGCGAGUUUGCUGGGGCUUUCUUUCCCUAAAAGCGAGUGCAGGAUUUGGCAUCAGGAUAAAAGUAAAUCAUGUAGCAGCAUGGAGCAGGUGGGGUUUGUGUGGCAUUGAAAAGGCGAUGGCCUGACUGAAUGCCACGUGAAAUUGGGACUGCAACACUGAAUACAUGCACUGAGCAGAAUUGUGCUUUUCAUCAUGACUGGGGAAUAUACAGUGAGGCAGUUACUUGCUUGGGCUUUAGAGUGAAUGCUAUUGUAGAACAUACAGCAAUAGGCUUUACAAGAUCCAUAGGAACUACAAUUUGAGAUUAGUGUAAGCACAGCUAUGGAAGGUCUAGCAAUAACUGUGAAAAGGGAUUUAAUAUCGCAUCUGCAGUAUAUCGCCUAAAGGUUGACCAUAGUGUUACCCUGGUGUUUACUGUGACACUAGAUUUAUUACAGCAUCUAGCUUUUUUCUCUCUCCUCUUUCUUGCACCUGAUUAGGGAAGGGAAAGACAAGCUCAGCACCACUGCUGUUGAACUGGUUUAGUUUUGUUUCUGAUGUUUUUUUUUUAUUUGUGUUUUUUUAUUUUUUUUGUUUGAUUUAUUUUACAUUUUGUCCUCUUACUGCUGGAGUUUGUGGCUCAUGUGUGUUACGUGAACGGUUUUAUAGUUAAUGCCAGCAAUGGUAAAUGCAAAAGGGGUCUCCAGCCAAUGCCAUCCAGAUCAAUAAAAUCCAGCCCUCUCCUAACUCACAGCCCCCAGAUCAGGGUUCUUCAAAUAAUCAAUUACUUUAAAAAGGAUACACUUAAGAAAACAACCAAUUACUAGGGUCCUUAAUGCUAACAGUGUUCUCUAACGGUAAGCCCAACUGUGCCCCCUGCUGGUGAUAACUGUCCUUGUUUCAGCAAUGCUCAGCCUGGGAGCUAAAGGAAUACUAUUUAGUUGAUUAAAAUGAAUAACCAGAAAAAUCUCUUAAUUUUCAUUCACGGUUGUCCUUUUUUAUUAUUAGCAACCAGGAGUGAUGUCUUUUAAGGGUAAUUCAUAUCUAUGAAUCAAUAUCUGUCAAAAGAUAUUGAUUCGAAAAAGCAGUCCCUAAAUUAUAUGAUCCCUUAAAAAAAAAAAAGAAAAACUUAAUUUGUAAGACCUUCUUGUAUCCUGGUUCCCCCAAGAGAGUUGACCCUUACUGCAGCGUAUGGUAAAAGCAUAGGAACAUUGGGAAGGCUACAUGGUAAAGCAAAAAGAAAACUGCAAAAUCAUCAAGCAAGCUGACCCACGUAAACAUCUCCAAUGGGAAGCCUGUCUUUACCAUUGCUGGCAGUGCUGGAAGCAAGAGCUUUGUGCACUGCGUCCUGGAAGCAGUCGAACCGCAGUCUGACCCUCCUUGCUUCGUGCACGGCUAGUAGGAGCACUUACUCAACCCCCACUCCUGCCCUUUGCUCUACAUUGCCCCCUAGUGCUUGGUGGUGUGUGCUUGCUGUAUUUGCAUUUGGUCAAAGUGAAAUAAAUGUCUCAGUGCAAUUCA